AUGGCAAACUGUGACGGUGUGGUUUUUCACACUCAAAUAGCCUCCAUCAUGGAGGUGCUAGCGAAUGCAGCCGUUGCAGAGAUCUGUAAACUCGUAGACGACGAAUAUGCAGUGUUUCGUUUGGAAAUAUCUCAAAGCCAGAAAGAAAACAGGGCAUUGCAGAGGAAACUACAGCUACUUGAACUGAAGGUGGCACGGGAGCGCGUCCUCGCCAGUCCCAGUAGUGUCAAGAUCCUCGACCGAUACAGAGGACUGGCAAGAGGGGAAGGACAUCUCACUGGAGGCCACAUGAGCUUUGUGAAGCGAGCUGGACACAACACAUGGAUAGAUGACCAACCAAUCACUGUUGAUGAGGGGAGUGGAACCUCAACCCAGCACGUUAUCUUGAUAGAGUCUGCAGAUGCAGAGGUUGCAGGUCCUGGAGGAUCGUCUCUGGUCAAGCAGGAGAAGACUGAAAGAGAGGACCCACCACACAGCAGAGAGACCCAGACUAGAGCGGCCCCUGUAGCCACGGAGGACCCAGCGCUGCCCAGGAUCCGAUGCAGCAUCGGGUCAGUGGAACACCGAACACCGUCAGAGAUCAACACUGAGACUUUAACUGAAACACACAGGCUCUUACACACAGGAUAUGACCACAGAUCAGACCCAGAGAGACUGGGCUGUCCUCCUGCUCCCGGCUCAGAGUACUCACCGGUAUUUCACCAGAGCCAGAGGACAGUUUAUUCCCAUGGAGAUGUUGGUGACGCUCUAGACACUGGCGGUGAUGAUCUGUCUUGUUCUUACACUACAGAGAUGGACGCUAGCAACAUAUCCUUGGGCUUAGAGACACAGACCGAUCUGUCUAGAGGGGACUGGAACCGGUACAGUAGGAGUGUAUACUCUGAAGGGUGCCAGGACAAGAAAGUGGAGGUUAUGGUGGUAGAUGAGGUGACUGUGAAAGUGGAGGGUGACGUUCCUCCCACAUGGAAUGCAGAUGGUCACCUAGGAGACGGACAGUCCCAGGGUAGAGAUUUCUUAGAUUACAGGGAACGCUUAGAGACCAAUCCAAAUGUUGCAAUCCAAUCCCCUUUACAAUCGCUCAGGGAUCGCGACCCAGUGUCCACGUCGAUGGAGCCUUCCGAUUCACAAGGCCGCGUCCUUUUCGAUCAGGUAUUGAACUCAAACGACAGAGCUAGAGCCCAGGCUCAGGGAGCCACAUCAGGUAAUGGUAAAGAGAAACGGUUCCUCUGCAUGUUCUGUAAUAAAGGAUUCAGCUGCCUCCAGAAGGUGGAGAUGCACCAGAGGGUCCACACAGGGGUAAAACCCUACAGCUGUACCCAAUGUCAUAUGCGCUUCGCCCAGGCUCGUGACCUCAAGAGGCACCAGAGGGUCCACACAGGGGAGAAACCCUACAGCUGCCCCCAGUGUGAAAAGAGGUUCUCCCGCCAGGACAAUCUGAAGAUACACCUGAAGGUCCACACAGGAGAGAGGCAGUUUGCUUGUACGCAAUGCGGGAAGAAGUUCACAGAGAGGAGCUACCUCAGGAUACACCAGCAGAAAAACCAUCCCAAUCUAUUAACAUAGAAAGUAAUCAUUCCACUAGAUAGCUUCUGAAGUUUAGAUCAAAACCUGCAUUAAAGGGUAGGUAGCAUAAACAUAACUGAAUGUAACAUGGAUUUGCAUUAGUAUACACAACAAAAGUCCCAAUGCAAAGUUACCUCACUUUUGAAUUUUUUUAGUUAUUACAUAAAACCCAUAAAAAUGCCGAAGUCAUCCUGGAAGAUGUUUUCGCGGGGUGUGACGUAAGAUGGAAGCCCCAGGAAAGUCAGCCUAUUCCCCUUAAAUGUAAACUCCAACAGAAAUAACUUUAUAUUAAACAAUAUUGUUUACACUCAUUACUACUGGUUUCAAUUACAUUUACUUUAUGAAUGUAUUAUUACAAAUCAGCUUGCAAGGUUGCUAGCCAACUAGCCUGCUAACGUCAGUGGUGUAAAGUAUUACUUAGGUAGUUUUCGGGGUAUCUGUACUUUACAUUUUGGACAAUUUAUAAUGUACUUUUUACUCCAAACAUUUUCACUGAAACCAAAAGGUAUGUUACAUUUUGAAUGCUUAGCAGGAGAGGAAAAUGGUCCAAUUCACACACUUAUCAAGAGAACAUCCCUGGUCAUCCCUACUGCCUUUGAUCUUGUGGACUUACUAAACACGAAUGCUUUGUUUGUGAAUUAUGUCUUAUGAAGAGUGCCCCUGGCUAUCUGUAAAAAAAUCAAAUCAAA